GGGAGACUAAAAGGUCUUCUUUCGGUUAACCGAAAAACUGCCCACCGAUGUUUGUUUUGGUGUCAUCUGUGGUAUGCCUGACGAACGCCAGCUCUCAGUAAACAUGGACGACAAAGACGUUUGCUCCUUGGGUAACAAAGAAAAGGAGAAGGACAGGGAGGCUGACAGGAAGCCAGGAUCCGCUCGGGACAAGGUGAAGGACGAGGCCAAAGUGAGCGGGAAAAAAGAUGGCAGCAAGGAGGAGAAGAGGAAGCGCCUAGAGGAGGAGAGGAAGAAGAAAGAGGAGAAGGAGCAAAGGAAGAGGGAGGAGGAGAAACAAAAAGUGGAGCAGGAGCAGAAGAAGAAAGAGGAGGAGGAGGAGAAGAGGCAGCAGGAGGAACAGGAAAGGAAGCUCCAAGAGGAGGAGACCAAACGGCAGCGUGAGGAGGAGGCGGCUCUCCUGAAAGAAAAGGAGGAGGGGCAUCAGCUGCACCAGGAAGCCUGGGAGCGCCAUCAGUCCAGGAAGGAGCUGCGCUGCAGGAACCAGAACGCUCACGAGGGUCGGCCCGAGGAGGCCUUCUUCAGCCGGCUGGACUCCAGCCUCAAAAAGAACACGGCCUUUGUGAAGAAGCUCCGCACGCUCACCGAGCAGCAGCGAGACGCGCUCUCCAACGAUUUCGCCUCCCUCAACCUCAGCAAGUACAUCGGCGAGGCCGUGAGCUCCGUGGUGGAGGCCAAGCUGAAGAUCUCCGAUGUCGCCUGCGCCGUCCACCUGUGCUCCCUGUUCCACCAGCGCUACGCGGAGUUCGCCCCGUUGCUGCUGCAGGCGUGGAAGAAGCACUUUGAGGCGAGGAAAGAGGACAAGGCGCCCAACGUGAGCAAGCUGCGCACGGACCUGCGCUUCAUCGCCGAGCUGACCAUCGUUGGCCUCUUCACCGACAAAGAAGGCCUGUCGCUCAUUUACGAGCAGCUGAAGAACAUCAUCGGCGCGGACCGGGAGACGCACACGCACGUGUCGGUGGUGAUCAGCUUCUGCAAGCACUGCGGCGACGACAUCGCCGCUCUGGUGCCCCGCAAGGUGAAGCUGGCGGCCGACAAGUUCAGCCUGACCUUCCCUCCGAGCGAAAUCAUCAGCGUGGAGAAGCAGCAGCCGUUCCAGAACCUCCUGAGGGAGUACUUCACAUCCCUCACCAAACACCUGAAGAAGGACCACCGCGAGCUGCAGAACAUCGAGAGGCAGAACCGGCGUAUCUUACAUUCCAAAGGCGAGCUGAGCGAAGACCGACACAAGCAGUAUGAAGAGUUUGCCACGUCGUACCAGAAGCUGCUGGCCAACACUCAGACGCUGGCCGACCUGCUGGAUGAGAACAUGCCAGAGCUGCCGCAGGACAAGACUGUGCAGGAAGAGCACGGCCCCGGCAUCGACAUUUUCACCCCCGGUAAACCCGGGGACUACGAACUCGAGGGGGGAAUCUGGGAGGACGAAGAUGCUCGCAACUUCUACGAGAACCUGGUGGACCUGAAGGCCUUCAUUCCUGCCAUCCUCUUCAAGGACAACGAGAAGAGCAGUCAGAGCAAAGACAAGGACGAGUCCAAAGACGUCAGGGAGGGAAAGGACGGGACGAGCACCACAGAGGAGCUGGAGCUGGAAGCUCUCGACAUCACAGACGAGCCUCUGGAACUGGAAGGAGCAGACGAGGUGGAGAACGAAGAACUGACCAAAAAGCUGCUCGACGAACAAGAACAAGAGGACGAGGAGGCCAGCACAGGCUCACACUUGAAGCUGAUUGUGGACGCCUUCAUCCAGCAGCUCCCCAACUGCGUCAACAGAGACCUUAUAGACAAGGCUGCCAUGGACUUCUGCAUGAACAUGAAUACCAAAUCCAACCGGAGGAAGCUGGUCCGAGCCCUGUUCACCGUCCCCAGGCAGAGGUUGGACCUGCUGCCGUUUUACUCUCGCCUGGUGGCGACGCUGCACCCCUGCAUGUCGGACGUGGCCGAGGAUCUCUGCUCCAUGCUGAAGGGAGACUUCAGGUUUCAUAUUCGUAAGAAGGACCAGAUCAACAUCGAGACGAAAAACAAAACGGUGCGCUUCGUCGGAGAGUUGGCGAAGUUCAAGAUGUUCUCGAAGCCGGACUCGCUUCAUUGUCUGAAGAUGCUGCUGUCCGAUUUCACCCAUCACCACAUCGAGAUGGCGUGCACGCUGCUGGAGACGUGCGGCCGCUUCCUGUUCCGAUCGCCGGACUCCCACCUGCGUACGAGCGUCCUGCUGGAGCAAAUGAUGCGUAAAAAGCAGGCGCAACAUCUGGACGCCCGCUACGUGACCAUGGUGGAGAACGCCUACUACUACUGCAACCCUCCACCCAUAGAGAAGGCGGUGAAGAAGAAGAGGCCACCGCUGCAGGAGUACAUCCGGAAGCUCCUCUACAAGGACCUGUCCAAGGUGACCACGGAGAAGGUGCUCAGGCAGAUGCGUAAGCUGCCGUGGCAGGAGCCAGAGGUGAAGGGCUACCUGAUCUGCUGCAUGAUCAACAUCUGGAACGUCAAGUACAACAGCAUCCACUGCAUGGCCAACCUGCUGGCCGGCCUGGUGGCCUACCAGGAGGACGUGGGGAUCCACGUGGUGGACGGAGUGCUGGAGGACAUCCGCCUCGGCAUGGAGGUCAAUCAGCCCAAGUUCAACCAGCGGCGGAUCAGCAGCGCCAAGUUCCUGGGCGAGCUGUACAACUACCGCAUGGUGGAGUCGGCCGUCAUCUUCCGCACCUUGUUCUCCUUCACCUCCUUCGGGGUGAGUCAGGACGGCAGCCCCAGCCCCCUGGACCCCCCGGAGCACCUGUUCCGGAUCCGGCUGGUCUGCACCCUGCUGGAUACCUGCGGGCAGUACUUCGACCGCGGCUCCAGCAAGAAGAAGCUCGACUGUUUCCUCGUCUACUUCCAGCGGUACAUCUGGUGGAAAAAGAGUCUGGAUCUUUGGACCAAGGAUCACCCGUUCCCCAUCGACAUGGACCACAUGAUCAGAGACAGCCUGGAGCUGCUCCGGCCCAAGAUGAGGCUCUGCAGCUCCCUGGACGAGGCCACCAAGCAGGUCUUGGACCUGGAGAGGGAGGUGCUCGUCAAACUGGGCAUGGCCAUGGAGAAGGACGGUCGCUCCAGCGCCAUGAGCGAAGGGGACGCUCUCGACGAGGAAGACGACGACGGGGACGACGAGGAAGAGGGAGGCGCCGAAACCGAGGAGCAGUCGGGCAACGAGAGCGAAAUGAACGAGCAGGAAGAGGACGAAGGAUCUGAGAACGAAGAGGAGGAGAGGGAGGAAGAGGAAGAGGAGAACACGGACUACCUGACGGACUCCAAUAAAGAAAAUGAGACGGAUGAGGAGAACAAUGAAGUUACGAUCCGUGGCGGCGGACUGAAGCACGUGGAAUGUCCCGAGGACGAAGACUUCAUCCAGGCUCUGGACAAGAUGAUGCUGGAGAACCUGCAGCAGCGCAGUGGCGAGGCAGUGAAGGUGCACCAGCUGGACGUGGCCAUUCCUCUGCAGCUGAAGAGUCAGCUGAAGAAGGGGGGGUCUGGACAGCAGUGCACGGUGGAGGGAGACUCUGACGACUCCAACACCAUGCAGUUCGUCAUGCUGACCCGCAAGGGCAACAAGCAGCAGUAUAAGAUCCUGAACGUUCCCCUGUCGUCUCACCUGGCGGCGAACCACUUCAACCAGCAGCAGGCGGAGCAGGAGGAGCGCAUGAGGAUGAAGAAACUGACCCUGGACAUCAACGAGAGGCAGGAGCAGGAGGACUACCAGGAGAUGAUGCAAUCGUUGGCCCAGCGCCCGGCUCCGGCCAACACCAACCGAGAGCGCCGGCCUCGCUACCAGCACCCGAAGGGCGCGCCCAACGCCGACCUGAUCUUCAAAACCGGAGGAAGGUGA